GUCAGGUCCUGAUAAGUAUCAACUACGCCCCAACGAUAUUUGACAUACGACUUAUAUCUUUGCCCAUCUUGCAAAAGCUCCCUUGAUUGCAGCGUUCAGCAUUCAUUCAAUGGACAAUUACGAACACCAAGAGCCUACGGGCACAGAAGAGACUGAUUACGCCGACGGUUCAUACGGCCAAGAUCAAUCUCACGAACAGGACGGAAACGAGCAAUAUGGAGAGUACGAGGAAGACCCAGCAGAAAGUGAACAGCAAGAAGCUGAACAUCAAGGCUGGGAUGAAGAAGACCCAACUCAAUACUCUCAGCAAGGCGGCAUGCACAUCCAAGAGAACCACAUGCAACAAGAACAAGACCAUGAACAGAUGCAGCACCAUUCCACAGGUCAUAUGCAGCAAUAUUCCCAUGCGGUAGCUCUGCCACAUCCUGAAAGCAAUAUGCAGCAACAUUCCACUGGCCACCAGCAGCGACCCCCUCAGGCACAAGCACAAACUCCUGCCCCACAGGACCCUGCCAUUCCAAGUCAAGCGGCCCUUGCAAAAGAGGAGAAAGAAGUAGCAGCGCCUGGGGAAAGCCAAAAGGUAUGUCCACUUAGCUUUUGCUUCGUCGCCCUGCAUAUGCAUCUGUUGGUAUGUCCAGCAGAAAUCGCUGAUCGAGACGGGUUGCCCCGGUCUAGGAGAUCGAGGAUGUUGCCAAGUUUGCCCUCAAUCCGCCUGGCGGCGCCGAAGGUUGAAAGGCUGCCAUCUACUGCGGCAAAGCACAAAGUGUCGAGCGUCGGAGCAUUAACCGCCACUGAUUCGGAGAAGAUAGCUGGCUCUCAUGAGAUCAUGGGUGUGACUUAAUUCAGGUGUCGGAAAGUAGCAUACUUUUGAGGUUGUGUUCGCUGUCAUGCGCAGUACAGGAACCCAGUGAUAUCGAAUCCCUGAGGGUUGAAAGAGAUCCCUUGUC